GCGGGUGGGGCUGCGCGGGGCGGAGCCUGUGGCCCUGGUGCGGCUGUGGGUCCGUCUUGUUGCGUACGAGUUGUCACUCUCUCGGGUUGUUACUCUGUAGCUUCCCGGCUCGCGAAAGGGAGGACCUGUCUGGGUCAUGGAUUUUGAGAAUCUUUUCUCAAAACCCCCCAACCCGGCCCUCGGCAAAACGGCCACGGACUCUGACGAAAGAAUCAAUGAUGAAAUAGAUGAUGCAGAGGUUGAAGAAACACAAGAGGAGAAAAUUAAACUGGAGCAUGAGCAAAUUCCCAAAAAAUUUAGACACUUUGGAAACUCUGCAAUAUCACCAAAAAGUUCGCUGCACAGAAAAUCAAGAAGUAAGGACUAUGAUGUAUAUAGUGAUAAUGACAUCUGCGGUCAGGAAUCAGAAGAUAAUUUUGCCAAAGAGCUUCAACAGUACAUACAAGCCAGAGAAAUGGCAAAUACUGCUCAACCUGAAGAAUCUACAAAGAAAGAAGGAGUAAAAGAUACUCUACAGCCUGCUAAACAAAAAAAAAAAAAUCUUAAAGCUGGUAACAAAAAUGGCAAACAGAAGAAAAUGAAGCGAAAAUGGCCUGGCACUGGAAACAAAGGAUCAAAUGCUUUGCUGAGGAACAGUGGCUCACAGGAAGAGGAUGGUAAACCUAAAGAGAAGCAGCAGCAUUUGAGUCAGGCAUUCAUCAACCAACAUACAGUGGAACGCAAGGGAAAACAAAUUUGUAAAUAUUUUCUUGAAAGGAAAUGUAUUAAGGGAGACCAGUGUAAAUUUGAUCAUGAUGCAGAGAUAGAGAAGAAAAAGGAAAUGUGUAAGUUUUAUGUACAAGGAUAUUGUACCAGAGGUGAAAACUGUCUGUAUUUGCAUAAUGAAUAUCCUUGUAAGUUUUACCAUACAGGAACAAAAUGUUAUCAGGGAGAAUAUUGCAAGUUUUCUCAUGCUCCACUGACUCCUGAAACACAAGAAUUGUUGGCUAAAGUUUUGGAUACUGAAAAGAAGCCAUGUAAAUAAAAUAGACAUAAAAAGGUUGCAUUGUACAGAUGAAGAGUACUUAACACCCAUGCCUGUUCAAGACUGUUCAAGACUGGUGAUUUGGAGUAGUUUACAAGAUUCCUCAUUCAGAGUGCCCUCUUGUGUGACUGGGGUGAUGUGCAGCUUCCAUAAUGGAUGGGACAGAGAGCUGGGAUCUAACGUACAAGUGAAGGGCUUGGUCUUACACUGAGACAUUCCAGCCAUUGGAAUAGGAGAGGAGCAUAUAUGGCAGAGAUGCUGGUUGAUGGGUAAAUAUGAUAGUAAAUUGUAGAAAACUCUUCUGAUUGAUUGGAUUUCCUUAAUAAAAUAGGACGCAAGGUUAGGCUGAGUGAGGGUGGGUGAAGAGGUAGAGGAGGUUUGAGGAGAGAGAACUGCUCAGAAGACCUUGGUAGACAGAACAUAAAAACAGAGUUGGUUCUCUUUAUGACGUUAAAUAGUUUCACAACAUAUUUUUAAUGGUUGUUCACAAUUUCGUUUUAGGGCUUAAAUUAUGGUUCUAUGAUUUUUUUAAACCAGUUUCCUAUUGUUAGACAUUUAUUUCCAGUUUCUUACUAUUAUAAAUAAAGUGAAACAACAUCUCUUACUAUACCAUUUCUAAAUUUGGAGUUCCUAACUUUUCUGUUGUUAAAAUACAAGAAUAUUUAUCUUUCUCAUUGGUUUAUAAACUGUAGUCAGAUUAUACACUUGUGUAAAUUACAAACUUUAGGAGUGUGAUGGUAUCAUUAACACAAGAUUCAAAUACAAAAUGUUCCAAGUACCAAUAAUAAUGAGAUUCUAAAUAUGCA